AUGGAGAAUCGUGGUCUCAUACCAGUUCUGGUCACGAUGAUGCUCGUGACCGGAGUCUGUAACACGAUUCUGAACAAGUACCAGGACAUGCAAUGUGUGAGAGACUGCGAAGCUACUGAUCCCAAAGAUCGCAAGCUCUUUGAGCAGCCGGUGAUUCAAACGGCGCAGAUGUUCAUCGGCGAAAUGGGUUGCUGGAUUGUCGUCGGAUUGUCCAUCCUCUACAAACAAUUUGUCGUUCCUCGGCUCGGCCGCGAACCCUCCCCGCUAUUCGAGGGUGGCUAUCAACCCGUUCACGACCGGGAAGAGGACGAAGAUCAAACUCUAGCAGAUGCGACCACCCAUGCCCCCGGUAAACCUCUGCGCGAUCACGAGGAUCGGAUCUUUCUGCGAGGGUGGCGCAUUCUUCUUCUGGCUGCCCCAUCAUGCUGCGACAUUGCGGGCACGACUUUGAUGAAUGUCGGACUCCUCUUCGUUGCGGCGAGUAUUUAUCAGAUGACCCGUGGAGCCCUGGUUCUCUUUGUGGGUUUGUUCAGCGUCCUAUUCCUGCGUCGAAAACUCUUUUUGUACCAGUGGACUGCGCUCAUCGUCGUCGUGCUGGGUGUGGCUCUUGUGGGUCUCGCUGGUGCAUUGUUCGGAAGCGAAAGUGGUCACGAACUGAGCCAUGAAGAUGGCACUCGCGCUGAAAUGACGGCUCGAACUCCUGAAGCAGUACAGACCAUUAUUGGCGUUUUGUUGAUUGCAGCCGCGCAAAUAUUCACAGCCUCGCAAUUUGUGCUCGAGGAGUGGAUCCUGGAGAACUAUGCUAUGGACCCCCUUCAAGUCGUGGGCUGGGAAGGUAUCUUUGGGUUCUCAGUCACCCUGAUUGGCAUGAUUGUUCUGCAUCUGGCAGUUGGCAGCACUGAUGCAGGUCGAUAUGGCUAUUUCGAUAUGAAGGAGGGUUGGCGCGAGAUCACCACGAACCGCGCUGUCGCCAUCUCUAGCAUUCUGAUCAUGAUUAGUAUUGGUGGCUUCAACUUCUUUGGUUUAUCCGUCACCCGCACAGUAUCUGCGACUUCACGCAGUACCAUUGACACCUGCCGCACCCUCUUCAUCUGGUUGGUCUCUCUUGGCCUUGGAUGGGAGUCAUUCAAGUGGCUCCAAGUGGCCGGCUUUGGUCUUCUUGUCUACGGCACAUUCCUCUUCAACGACAUUGUUCGCCCCCCUUUGAAGGCCUGUCUUCCGUCCCAUCGUAGAGAGGGCCAAGUGUUGCUUCCUGAAGAGCCUAUCGAGCACAUGUAA